CCAAGAUGGCGGCUCUCGAGGCUGCUCCUGCGCCGGCUGAGAGCUGGCUCCGUACCCGAGAUGUGCUCAUGCAGGAAGGCCCCGAAGACUUCGGGUCGCUGCUGCUGUCGGCCCCUGUACUGGAAGGACUGAAAGCUGCCGGGUUCCUGAGGCCGUCUCCGGUGCAGCUCAAAGCCAUCCCGCUGGGGCGCUGUGGCCUGGAUCUUAUUGUGCAAGCAAAAUCUGGAACUGGUAAAACCUGUGUCUUUUCUACUAUUGCACUUGAUUCUCUUAUCUUAGAAAGCCCAGUUACACAGAUUCUGGUCUUGGCUCCUACUCGGGAGAUUGCUGUACAGAUACAUGCAGUUAUUACAAGUAUUGGUAUCAAAAUGGAAGGUUUGGAAUGUCAUGUUUUCAUCGGAGGAACCCCUUUAAACCAAGAUAAAAUAAGGUUGAAGAAGUGUCAUAUAGCAGUUGGUUCCCCUGGUCGCAUAAAGCAACUCAUAGAGCUGGACUAUCUGAAUACAGCUAGCAUUCGCCUCUUCAUUCUUGAUGAAGCAGACAAGCUUCUGGAAGAAGGCAGUUUCCAGGAGCAAGUCAAUUGGAUUUAUUCUUCUCUACCAGCCAACAAGCAGAUGUUGGCUGUUUCAGCUACCUAUCCUGAAUCCUUGGCUCAUACUUUGACUAGAUACAUGAGAGAUCCCACCUUUGUGAGGCUGAAUCCCACUGACCCUAGUCUGAUUGGGUUAAAGCAGUACUUCAAAGUUGUGAAUUCUCACCCAUUACCUCAUAAGACUUUUGAGGAGAAGGCUGAGCAUCUACAAGAGCUGUUCAGCAAGAUUCCUUUCAACCAGGCCCUGGUCUUCUCGAAUCUACAUAGCCGGGCUCAACACCUGGCAGAUUUACUAACAUCCAAAGGUUUUCCUGCUGAGUGCAUUUCAGGCAAUAUGAAUCAGAAUCAGCGACUUGAUGCCAUGGCUAAACUCAAGCAGUUCCAUUGCAGGGUCUUGAUUUCUACUGAUCUGACUUCACGUGGAAUUGAUGCUGAGAAGGUGAACCUAGUCAUUAACUUAGAUGUGCCUUUGGAUUGGGAAACAUACAUGCAUCGGAUUGGUAGAGCUGGGCGUUUUGGAACCUUAGGGCUAGCAGUGACGUAUUGCUGCCGUGGGGAAGAAGAAAAUAUGAUGAUGAAAAUUGCACAGAAAUGUAACCUUCGGCUUCUUCCUCUACCAGAACCUGUACCUCCUGGGCUGAUGGAACAGUUUGAAGGUUGGGAUGUAGAAGUUACUGCUGUCCCAUAUCCCAAUGCUUCACUGCAUGCAUCUCUGUUGCCAACUAAAAAACCCGAGGGGACAAUGCAGCACACAAUAGUAAGCACCAGUGCACAGAUUUUUCCUGCUGAUGUUUCUGAAAAUCCUUCUACCACCAAACAAAAAAUCAAACAAAAGCAGCUGCUUAAAAGCAGAAUGGAGCAUACCAAGACAAAGAUAACUAGGAAACCACAGUCUUCUCAUAGUAUCCCGCAGCAGAAGUGCCAGAUGGAACCUGAUUUCAAAACUGAGCAGCUGAACAAAGAGGUGGAAAGGGAAGCUUUAAAAAAUACACUUCCUAAGAUCCCUUGCUUAUCAUCUUUUAAAAACCCUCAGUCCACCAAUACAUGGAGCAUGGCUGAAUUUGUUGAGGAUUAUGAAUGCUUCAUUAAGGAAGGAUUGGAGAGAGAUGUGGAGAUUAUAAGAAGCUAUACGGGUCCUGGAGAGUACCGCAAACACCCAGAAAGGGAUGCCUUAGAUUGGAGAGGAGUGAAAUCCAGAACACAUGUGGCAUCUACUGCUGAGGUGUUGACUGCAGAGUCUGAUAGUGAUAGUAGCUCUUAUAGUUCUGAAUCAUCUACCUAUAGCGGGGAGGACGAGUCAUAUAUCAAAACCUCUUCAGAUACACAGCAAAGAGACAAUUGUCUGCUGUCAACAAAUCAGACUGUUCAGAGACAUUCUCAGCAGUUCAGAGAUGUGCCAGAGCAGUUCCCAGAUCCUUCUCUGCUCCAGAAGAAUAUGAAACGGAAUGGGAAGCAGAGCAAGCAGAGUAGACAAAGUCAAUCCUCUCGCACCAUCAAGCCCUCCAAGAGAGAGACUGCACCCCAAGACAAAGGUGCUCCUUUCCCUCACAGUGUCAGUCUGAAUUCUGAGGAAUGCUGGCGAGCAUAUUACCAAGCAUGGCGGGCCUAUUAUGCUGAAGCUUCUCAUUCAUGCUAUCAAACGUAUCUGAGACCAUUGAACAUGCUGACUGCUUAUCAUGCCAAUGCAGUCUAUUUUGAAGAGCUGUUGAGGGGUGAUAGGUAAUGGGAAAGUGGUGAUAUUUUCUCCCCUAAUCUAAACUUACUAGCAGAAUAUUAGGCCACCUGUCAUCUUCGAGUCAUUCCAUGUAUGUAUGGUUUUGUAUACAUUUAAGAAGGUGAAAUGCUUCAGCAAUGUUGUUAAUAAAUAGUAAAUAGUACAUAAAUAAUAUUGGAAUUUGUUUUCCAUUGUGUGGAUACUGAAGGAUUGACUUCAUGGCACUACAGUCAACCUGUUUAGCUGGCAUGAGCUACAUAAGAAAUAUGCCGCACAUGGUCAUUCUUGUCUCACUUGCAUAUGCUCUUGCAAAAUAGUGUUGUCUUGUCUUAUGAAUAGUAAGCAUUGUAUUUGUGCAGGUUUUAACAUGCUCAUUUCUGGAACUCCGUUUUGGGAUAGAUUGCCUGUUAAAAUAUAUAGCCCUUUUUUGUAUUUUCUCUGUGAUUUCAGAUGAGUUCAGUGUGUACUUCCAAACUUGUGGGAGAUGGUCUUUCUCCUCAAGAUGGCUAUAUUUCUGUCCAGUUAAAUUAUCCACUCCUUGAGAGGUGAAAUGGAACCUAAUAGCACAGAAUGCUACCUUCUUCCUCAAAAUGGUUCAUCUUGCUAAUCUCAAGUGGUUAGAAGUGGAUAGUAUGGGCAGCAGGACAAAGCACUUGUAGCUAGUUGAGAUGGAGUGGCAAAAUACUUGAUCUAGAGCUGUUCAGUCUGGGCCCUAAAACUUUCUUUAAGGCUUUUAACCUUAACCUGCUGUUUGAGAAACAGAUUGCAAAGAAUAUUUAGAAAAGUAGGCUCUUCAAAGUAACAAGACAUCUUGUCCUAAGUAUGAUUUCUGUUCCUGAUGACAUGCAUUCUUAGAUCCUUUAUAGUAUUGCAUAGAUCAGCCUUCCCCAACCUAGUGCCCUCUAGAUGGUUUGAAUGCAGUUCCAACGAUUCCUGACCAUUAGCCAUGUUGGCUAGGGAGUUGACGUCCGAAGCAUCUGGAAGACACUAGGUUGGGGACCUUCCCUGUUUUUUAGAGAAAGCAAAGUGUUUUUUAUUACAUUUUUAUCUUAUUUAUUGAAGAGUGGUUGCAUACAUAUAUUUCCCAGCCCUUCUCCCCCAGUUUUGCCCUCAAGAGAACUGAAGUAAUAUAGGCUGAGUGGUAGUGAUCAGCCCAAGGUCAACCAGUGAGUUUUGUGACUUGGGGGGGCAUUUAGCCCCUCUACUACACUGUCUCUGAUUUUUAGCUGUCAUGAUAAAUAACAUUUUGAAAAUAUUGUUUAUGAAAACGGCAUGACCAGCAUCUGUUGUAUUGUUGGGCAUUUGCCAUAUGUCUUCACUCUGUGGCUCUUCAUUCAUGCAUCCUUUUUAUUGGUUGUCAGGAAAUGCCAUGGCCCCUACUGAGCUACAGCUGUAGCGGCUUCUGUUUAGAAGUGGCAUAAAUAAGAAAACGUAUCUCAAUUAAUGCAUAUUGCUGUUUUAAAUAAAAUUUAAUUAAAACUUCAUAACUAACACUUUCAGAGCUAGAUUGGGUUGGCCAUGUGAUACGAAAGAUUUUUAAUUAUAUAUAUUAAAAAAGCGUAUGAAGCUAUUAUAAUUGGACCAUCCUCCAGUGGAUACCAAUAUCAGACCUGCAAUGCAUAAGGGAAAACUUUAAUUAGAAAUGAAAUUACCUAUUAACUCAGAAACUAAUUGCCCUGCUUUGUUUCAGCUGCUCUAUAUCCUAUCUGAAAUCUUGACAUGAUGGGAGGCUGAGUUGGUAAAUGCAUGAGUAAUGCUAUAGAGAGAAUCAUGCCUCUCCGUCUUGUUAAUUCAGACCUUGCACAGGGUGAUAAAAGACAAUAUUGCUGCAGUUUGACUUUUCUUCCCUGUGCACAACUAUGCUUGCAGUUAACUUAAUCACUUCUUUCAGUUAACCUAAUUUAUGGCAAUGAGAAAGAGGAUAGUCGUACGCCCUAGACUAGAGCUCCAGUGUGUACACACAACUUCCCUACACACAAAUGCUGGCCCAUUUAUUUCAGUCAUUCACUUUACAUGCACAAAAACACCCACCCCAUUUAAAGGAAUGGAAGAACUUAUGGGUAGGGUAAUUACAUUGGCCAUUGUGGGAUCUUAAUGAUGGAGCCCCUGCUCUAAUGUUUGUGGAUAUCAAAGUGCUCUUAGAGCAUUUCCAAACAAGCCCUUUUUUUUGUAUCUCAGGGCCAAACUAGACAAAUGGUGGGGCAAAUAGCUUUGGGUGGGAGAUGUUAAAACUUUGCCCCCACUCUCUCCCCUAUGAAUCCCCACCCCCCUGCCUGCGGUUUUUAAGAAAAUCUUGGGAGAUCCUAAACUAAGGUCCUCCUGUAUUGUAUCUAGUUUAGCACUCAGAUUUUUUUGCUUAGUGCACAACCCACAUUGCUCAUUUGUCUACCCAGCUGAGUUUUGUGUAUGUGGAUGACACAGUUCACUUGAGGGAGAUAGCACUAUGCUUACCCAGAAUCACAUGAAAUUGUGCCUUUCAUACAGUUAAUAAUUACAUUUGUAGACUACAACUAGGGCCCUGAACAACAAGAAAGGGGGAUCCUUCUGGGAUCACCACUUGCUAUUUGAUUCUAAAAUUAUUUUUACAUGUAGCAGAGGUGAUAAGCUUGCACACCAAGGGCCACACUGGAGAUCAGCGAGUCUUCCAAUUACAGGAUAAACUGGCUUGGGAUAAAUGGGGGUAAGAACUCCCCUGCAUAACCAGCUUUGGAAGCGUUCACAGGAACUGGGCUCGUUCUUUGAUACAAAUGCUGUACUAGAUGUGUUUUUGUUUUGAUCCAGUAAGCCUUUAAAUACUUGCCAAGAGAGGUGCUGUGCUAAUAGUUAAUUAACUGAAGUAACGUUUCAAUCCAGAGCAGUUGUCAGCUAAUGGAAAAGUAUGCCUGCAUUUGUUUCACAACGGAAACAGAAAAAAAAUGAUGCCAUCUAGUGGGUUAUUUGGCUUAUAACAAUUGAAAGCAAUAUAGUACCUGUACUAUUACUGAAUCAUACUAUUCCUUGUUCAGCACCAAUACUAGAGCUAUACAGUUUUCAGUUUUGUUUGUAUUGGGCUCUUCCUUUGCUUCCCAAAGGAAUCUUUGCAGUUUGUCUUCUAAUACCUUGAUUUAGGUUUCCACUGUCUUCUUUUGCUUAACCUUCUGUUCUUUGUUGAUCAGUUAUUAAUUGCUCAUUAAUGUAAGCUGCCCUAUUGCGACCUGAACUCUUAAGUAGAAUUUCUGAUCCCAGAAUGUUCUGAAUAAGAAUAUUAAACCAGUCAAGGCCAAGUGUUGCAACAUUAUCUGAAUAUAAUCAUAAACCCAAAAAGUUUGUUUUUUAAUGGACCCCAGAAUUGUUGUUUUAAAUGGAUGCUGCUGUUUUUAUACUGUUGUUUUUAUGUCUCUAAUGGUUUUAAAUUUUGUAUAUUUUUAAUGUUUACUGUUUUUAGCUUUUAUGAA